AUGGGAUAUCUUUUAUGGGAUUCUUCUUCAGAAGAUGGAUGCAGUAAGGGAUGGUUGAUGCUAGCUUGCACGGUUUUGUUAUGGAUCAUUAUCUAUAGAUGGAGCCAGAGGAACAGAAAAGGUCCCAAAACAUGGCCGUUAGUAGGAGCAGCAAUUGAACAACUCAUGAACUAUAACAGAAUGCAUGAUUGGCUUGUCAAGUACCUGUCCGAAUCAAACUCUGUUGUCGUCCCAAUGCCGUUCACAACUUACACUUACAUUGCAGAUCCAGCUAAUGUAGAACAUGUCCUCAAGACCAACUUUGCGAAUUACCCAAAGGGUGAAGUGUACCAAUCGUACAUGCAAGUCCUGCUCGGAGAUGGAAUCUUCAAUUCAGAUGGAGAAGUUUGGAGGAAACAGAGAAAGACUGCAAGCUUCGAAUUUGCAUCCAAGAAUUUGAGGGACUUCAGCACUGUUGUCUUCAGAGAUUACAGCCUAAAGCUCCAUGGCAUUCUGAGUCAAGCAUCUUUUCAAGGGCAACAAGUAGACAUGCAGGAAUUGCUGAUGAGGAUGACUCUGGACUCCAUAUGUAAGGUGGGAUUUGGUGUAGAGAUUGGAACCCUGGCUCCAGAUCUACCAGAUAAUCAGUUUGCCCAGGCCUUCGACACUGCAAACAUAAUUGUCACAUAUCGAUUCAUUGAUCCACUAUGGAAAAUAAAGAAAUUCUUAAAUUGGGGAUCAGAAGCUUUACUUGACAAGAGCAUGAAAACCAUAGAUGAUUUUACAUAUUCUGUAAUUCGGAAAAGGAAAUCAGAGAUAAAAGAAGCUCAACAGAGUUCAGAUAAAAACCUGCAAAUGCAUCAUUUAAAUAACCCAAAUCUUAUACAGAUGAAGCAUGAUAUACUGUCAAGAUUCAUCGAGUUAGGUGAAGACCCAGAAAGCAACUUAACUGACAAAAGCCUCAGGGAUGUUGUCCUCAACUUCGUAAUAGCUGGUCGGGACACAACAGCAACCACUCUCUCAUGGGCGAUUUACAUGAUAAUGACCCAUCCCGAGGUAGCCGAGAAGCUAUAUACGGAGCUUAAGACUCUUGAAGAAGAACAAGCACGAGAAGAGAAAGAUUCAUUACUCCAAUAUGACAAAGAGGACCUUGAAUCAUUCAAUCAAAGAGUGAAACAAUUUGCAGGACUCAUGAACUAUGAUUCAUUGGGGAGACUCUAUUAUUUGCAUGCAGUCAUCACAGAGACACUCCGUCUGUACCCUGCAGUCCCUCAGGACCCUAAAGGCAUAUUGGAAGAUGAUGUUCUACCAGAUGGAACAAAAGUCAGAGCAGGAGGAAUGGUAACCUACGUUCCCUAUUCGAUGGGUAGAAUGGAGUACAAUUGGGGUGCUGAUGCCGCUUCAUUUAAGCCAGAGAGAUGGCUCAAAGACGGUUACUUCUUAAAUGCAUCGCCAUUUAAGUUCACCGCAUUUCAGGCAGGACCAAGAAUAUGCCUAGGGAAGGACUCUGCAUACCUCCAAAUGAAGAUGGUACUGGCCAUUCUGUGCAGAUUUUUCACAUUCACUUUGGUUCCCGGUCAUCCAGUUGAGUAUAGGAUGAUGACAAUUUUAUCAAUGAAGCAUGGCUUGAAGCUUACAGUAGCCAGACGCUCAUCAGAUGCAUGAUGCUUGUAGAGCCAUAAGUUCACAAGUGUCAAAGAUAAUUGAAAGCAAAUAAAUGUAUUUUUCCAAGUGCUCUUGCCCUUUAAAGCUUUAGAGAUGAGAAGAAAAAUUAUCAUAAAACAGGGUCCUUCUCCAUUUAUGUAGUAUAUUCAAUUUACAAAGCUUCUACUCACAAAAGGCAUACAUUAUUCUU